GUGAUGACAGCACAUGGACUUAGACUUUCUGGAACUGGGGAAGGAAGUGAUAAAGGCCAGAAAGGAGAGAAAGGAGACCAGGGUGAAAAAGGUUCUGAAGGCUCAAAAGGUCAACAGGGCAAUACUGGAUUGCCUGGACUGACAGGGGCUCCAGGACUUGAGGGAAAGCAGGGUCCAACUGGUCCCACUGGCAUUCGUGGACUUCCAGGAGACCCGGGUUCUCGUGGUCAGCCAGGACUGCCUGGAAAAGAUGGAAUGAAAGGAGAAAAGGGUGAUGCAGGCGGAGCGCCGGGACUGACUGGUCCCCCGGGCCUCAAGGGUGAACCUGGUGAGCCCUGCUCUGUCGGAAUUUGCAAUGGGGAGGAGGUCGUGUCUGGUCUUCGGGGGUCGCGGGGCCCUAAGGGUGAGCGAGGUGUACCUGGAGUACCUGGGGAUACUGGAGAGAAAGGAGAACCUGGCAUUGGAAUCACUGGACCCCCUGGUUUGAUGGGAGCUAAAGGUGAACCAGGAAUUCAGGGUCCUCGUGGACCUGCAGGAUCAGUUGGAGUGCAAGGAAUUAUGGGGCCUCCAGGCCCACAAGGCAGACCAGGACCCCCUGGACCCCGUGGAGAACCGACAGCACUACCUAUUGUUGGAGAUAUGGGGACAUUACUGAAGAACGCCUGCAGUGUGUGUCAGAACAGAGUACCAGGACUGCCAGGGCAGAAAGGAGAAAAAGGUUCCCUUGGAACUCCAGGUAUCCCAGGAAUGGAUGGAGUAAAGGGGGAUCAGGGACUUCGGGGCCCAGCUGGUAAUCCUGGAAAAGAGGGUCCGAAGGGAGUGAAGGGUGAGAGAGGCUUUCCUGGUCCGAUGGGCUACAAGGGUGAUGAGGGGUCCCCAGGUGUGCCAGGAUUGCCUGGAUCCACAGGCCGCAUGGGUCCACAGGGACUUAUUGGCAGACCAGGACCUGCAGGGCCCCUAGGACCAAAGGGAGAACGGGGCAGCGAAGGACUGCAAGGCAGACCCGGACCUCCUGGACCCCCUGGUGUCCCAUAUGCAGAGGGCAAUGGGAUGAGCAGUCUCUAUAAGCUUCAGAAUGGCGCAGCUAAUACAGGUCAACCCGGACCACCAGGGCCCCCGGGGCCCAAAGGAGAUGAAGGAAGGAUGGGUGAGCCAGGGCUGAUGGGAUUACCAGGUCUAGAGGGGAUGCCAGGUGCUAAGGGUGAUCCUGGCCUACCUGGUCCACCUGGUGUUCCUGGCCCUAUUGGAAAGCCUGGUCCGCGUGGUGAGUCAGGGAUCCCUGGAGAGCCGGGAGAACGAGGGCCUGUGGGAGAGACUGGCUUCCCUGGACCUGAAGGGCCUCCUGGAUUCCCUGGAAGGCCAGGAAAAGAUGGAAUUCCAGGCUAUACGGGAGCCACGGGCAGACCUGGAGACAGAGGUACUAAAGGAGAACGGGGAGAUCCAGGGAUUCCAGGAGAGAGAGGAGUACAGGGAGAAAGAGGCAAGGCUGGAGAAAGAGGGGUCAUUGGUCCUCAAGGGCCACCUGGACAGAAAGGAGAACCUGGAUCUUUAACAACACCAGGGACCGUCAAUCUGUUGGGCGAUACAGCUGCCUUGGAGGAAAUUAAAACAUUCAUCCGAAAUGAAGUAUUGCGUGCAUUUGAAGAGAGGUAUUCAGACAGUUACGCCUCACUACAGAAGACACCAGCAGCUAUAUUAGCUGCGCAGGGUCGACAAGGCCCUCCAGGGCCACCUGGUAAUGAUGGCUCCCCAGGACCCCCCGGAGAGCCAGGUCCACAAGGGUAUCGAGGGCAGAAAGGGGAACGGGGUCAAUUGGGGAUGGGACUUCCAGGACCUUCAGGCCCCACUGGCCCACCAGGUUCACCCGGAAUAGGAUCGCAGGGGCCCCAAGGUCCCACGGGGUCCCAUGGUCCAGAGGGAAGAUGUAACCCCAGUGACUGCUUCCAUCCACACACCAGACGGGAUGGGUAGAAUCUGACAUAUCCUCAUCAAACCUGGACACCAGUGAACCAGCUCAUCUUCACAAGCAUUAAAUCCUAUUAAAACAAACAUAGGAUCCCUGCCAGAGGAGAAGACGCGCAAACUUCUUCCCCAUAGAGCAGCCAUUACUGGUGAUGUCAUUUCAUCAUUUAGCUCCGUUUCAUUUCCCAUACUUGUGACCAAUGCAUUUACUCAUUUCCAAGGUUUUGUGAGUAUAACACGAGAAUUCAAAUGUCAUCAUUACACUAAUCACACCGGACAGGUUUAUCAGAGGCGGCACGGUCAAGGCGAAUACUGGUGAAAUGAGAAUUUACAUUUGCUUAUUUUCUUAUGUUGAGAAGCUGAGUUUUAAUUCAAUUGUGAUGGCUCUAUGCAAUCUAAAAUAGAAAAUGAGUAUGUUAACAAAUAUUAAGUUUGUGUAAAUAACAGAAAUUGUAAUUGUAAAAGGGAGUUAAUGUCAUGUUGAUCACCUCAGAUGCACGUGUGUGUGUGUGUGUGUGUGUGUGUGUGUGUGUGUGUGUGUGUGUGUGUGUGCGUGCGUGUGCGUGUGCGUGU